CGUGUCCCACGUGGGAUGGAUGGAAAUGCCCUGAGUGCGCACAUUUCCGCGCUGGGUUGAGCUUUUGAGUCCCGGUAGUUGGGGCUGUCAUUUCCCACGCUGUCCCCGCCUGGGAGAAAGCGACUAAUCGCUGCUUGCUGGCACUCCUCUUGGCUUGCUUUAGCUACGUGUCACCUGCCUGGGGUGUACGUUAUAUUCACAAUUGGCUCGGAUGCCGCGCACAGACAACUUUCACGAUGCUCAGUCCGAAGGAACUGCUUGCUGCGCGGAACCGUGAGAAGAGCCUCCCUCAGCUUUCUCAUGGCCAAAAGGACUUUAUAGCAGAUGGCUUGGAAAUUCAGAAGGAGAAGCUGCAGGUGUGCCUUGCUGAGCAGUGGGAGCUGCUAAAAGAGGAGCGUGUGGAGCGAUUGGGCAGUCUGGUGAAAAGUGUAUGGAGACCAAAGGAAGAUUUGGUGGAGCUGACAUCACCUGCAGGCAAGUUCUGGCAGACAAUGGGUUUUACAUACCAAGGGAAGCAAUGCCUUUUGCCCGAGGAAGCUGUCUACCUGUUGGAAUGUGGUGCUGUCCAGAUAUUUUACCGUGAUUCACCACUAUCAGUCCAGGAGGCUUAUGAGAGAUUGCUUGGCAACCAAAAGUUCCCUGUCUUGCACUAUCAGGUUUAUAGUCAUUUGAAGAGGCUGGGGUACAUCGUGACUCGGUUUGAUCCAAGUUCUGUUCAGUCUCCCUACCAUAGGCAACUAAAUCUGGAGAGCUUUAUUAGACCUCAGCGGAAGCGCAAGCGAAGCACCAGCCCGGGAUUAGAAAACCGAAUGAAGCCAGACACAGCGAGAGGAAUGAAGAAAGAGGAAAACCACAAUGGUGCAGUUCCAAGUGAUCAUUCCUCAGCAGAUAAGUCUGUUGUGUGUUCUUCAGAACUUGCUGUAAGUGAGCAGGAUACUGGGGGACUAACCAGUAGCCAGUUAAUGAGUGGAGAUCACCAUGAUACACAGCUACCACAUAAUGAUUCCCAAGCCAAUGACGGUUGGAAUUCUGAAGCUUCCAAUGUGUCAUUGAGCUCAGCAAAGCCUAAGCUGCAGAAGACUUUCCACUGGGACUUCUCUAAAAUUUGUCUUCCCAAUUGUGGCUCUGACCAUCCCUGUAUUCAGUUACCUGCACCAGAACCCUCAUUGCUUCCUGAAAAUUUAGCCGGUCGAGAGGUGGAUAUAUCGUGUUGGGUGAGCAAGCUGAACAGGCGGCUGGAAAAGUUAUCCAGGAGAGAGCGAGAGCAGAUUGAGUGGGAACGCAAGUACAAGAGCAGCGUCAACAACGACCCCAAGGUGCAAAAAUGUACCAACUGGAAGGAGUACAAGGAGCUCCUUCUGGAAAGAGGCCGUUCCCAAAAACAAAAGAGGCCUCCGCACCUUUGGGAAAGUACAGUUACUCCUCUACUAAAGCCAGGACCCAGCAACACUACAGCUUCUGUCCUUGAGCAGAUCAGUGUGAUGGAACAGUCAUUCCUAUUGGACGACUAUGAGAGCUGGCCACAGAGCUAUAAAAAGGCAGUGCCACAGAUUAUCUUCAAUGUUCAUCAGGCCGACGGAGCUUCAGAGUUCAAGAAAUCCAAACCAGGGAAGCCAUGUACACGGAUGUGUGUACGUAGUUUUGCUGAUCAGGUUCCCUCCCUUUGGACCGUGAAGAUGCUGGCCUACCAGAGCGGGGACAUCCCACUGAUAUUUGCCAUCGUAGACAAUGGAGAAGUUGCCUUUUACUCUUUCAAGGAAUUUGACCUCCCUGUGGAUGUGUACCCCUAAGGGUGGGGAACAGGGAGAUUCCAAUAAUAUCUUUAUUUAAACCUGCUUCCUGAAUUCUCUGGAGCAUUGCCUUUAAUAAGGGAUUUUAGAUGUUCUGCAGCCUUGGACAAUUAAAAAAA